GCAGCACCGGGGACAGGAGAGCGGCGAGGGCCGCGGCGGCAGCCGGACGCGGACAUGCACUGUGAGCUCGCAGGAGGUCAGAAAGCCAUCGCCGGUCCGGCCCGCUUCGAGGUGACCGAUAAAUGCCAGGGAGCGCCUGUGAAGGAACUGCCGCGACCGACUCGUCCCAGCACUGGUAAAGGUCUGUCGAAUCCUCAGAUGUCCUUUAAAGUAACUGUCAGCAACGGCAGUGACCCCACGGAGCCUCAGCAGAGCCCCCCUGAAAUGUCAGCGCCUCUGCUAGAUUUCAUCCCCAAAAGACCCAGUAUAUUCGAGAGGAUCCCAAUUCUGCCGAGGGCGCAGGAGCUGCGAUGCACUGGAGGGUCUAAAGAUUAUUUCCAGCAGCAGAAACAUCAAAGCGUGAAGGUGAAUGGUGGCUACAGUCAUUGUAAUUUGAUCACUGAGAAGAAGAACAUGAUGGACAUGGAGAUGACAAGUAGCUCAGUCCCAGUCUGCAGACAAGGUCUGUUCAUCCACACAGGAAACUCACUUAUGCGAGACCACCCACUAUCCUGUGAGAGACUGCUUCAUGUUGGACAGCUGAACUUGACACACUCGGAUAUAAGGUCACCCAAGUUUCAAGACUCAGUAGAUUCUGCUGCUCCAUGCCUGAAUGGAAGUCACCCGGCUCAGCACAUUAAACAAGAAUGCCCGAGUGAUUAUAAGGUUCUGUCUGAGGCUUCCACACAUAGGAGGAUUACAGAGGGGAUGGAGCUGAGAGCCUCUGGUAGUCUGCAUCCUGAAAUAGACCUAAUGAAUAAUAGCUUUACAAAUUCACUUUCAUCCUACUUGUUUAAUAAUGAACAUAGCUCCUCCCUGAGUCCUUUGUCACUUGGCACCCCUCAGCACUCAGCCAGGCUACAAACAAGCAACCUGAAGAAGAGAUGCAUCUCUGUUGUGCCGUCUUCAGCUGAAGGAAUUGAUAUUACAGCUAUCAUCCGCACAUCACAGACGUCACUGGUCACCUGUGUGAAUGGACUGCGAACUAAUUCAGCUGGCAUUUCCUCUCAUCCUGUGGAGAUCAGUCAUCACAGUGCUCAGAAAUCCUCUCGGCCUCAGUCUUGCUCUCAGCCUGGAAACCCUUGCAGUAUUCCCUCCCCUCCAGCAUGUCUUGUACCUAUUUCUGCUGAAUGUGACAGAGGUGACUGUGAGCAGAUACAAAUGCAGCAAGUCGAGGAGAAUGGAAGCCUCAGUCUUAUGAUGAAUGGUAGUAGCAUUCCUCAUCAAAACACCUCGCACAGCACCCAGAAGGUGAGUUUCUUAAAACAAGAACCAGAUGACGAUUAUUCCUCCACUGCUGAUAUUUUUCGACAUCAUCAGGGGCUGCCUCCCCCUUACCAUCUACACCAGCAACUAAGCCAGACUCACGGGACGCUGCCUCACUUACACACCUCUAUGUCUCCAAAGUCCCUUCAGCCCAGCGAUGGGGAUGAGCCAGACCUCAGCAAUGGCAAACAGGCCUGUCAGUGGAUUGACUGCAGUGCCACUUAUGACCAACAAGACGAACUGGUCAGACACAUAGAAAAGACUCACAUUGACCAGCGGAAGGGAGAGGACUUCACUUGCUUUUGGGCAGGCUGUGUCCGCCGGUAUAAACCCUUCAAUGCUCGUUACAAACUGCUGAUUCAUAUGAGGGUUCAUUCUGGAGAAAAACCAAACAAGUGCAUGUUUGAAGGGUGCAACAAGGCAUUUUCUAGGCUUGAGAACCUUAAGAUUCACCUCCGGAGUCAUACUGGGGAGAAGCCAUACCUGUGUCAGCAUCCUGGCUGCCAGAAAGCUUUCAGCAACUCCAGUGACCGAGCAAAGCACCAGCGAACGCACCUGGAUACCAAGCCCUAUGCCUGUCAGAUUCCUGGCUGCUCCAAACGCUACACCGACCCCAGCUCUCUGCGCAAGCACGUGAAAGCUCAUUCGGCCAAAGAACAACAGGUGCGUAAGAAGCUAAAUUCAUGUACAGAUAUCGAACAGGAUGUUCUAAGUGAGUGUUUAGCUAUACAACAACUCCACACAUCUUCACAACACAUUUUGGAUGGGAAAUGUGGCAGAGCUGUAGGUCAUCAUGAUUUAAUUACAGGCAUGUACAGCGGCUCCAGCACCAACCACAACAGCCCCUCACCAGCUAUGCUGCCGGCUCCUCACGACAUCCCUUCAAGGCACCAUCCACUCGACUCUACCCUUGCCAGUCCACAUCACCAUCAGUCGCCGCUGGAGAGCGCCAGGGAAGGGCUUGCUCCAAACAUAAUCUCUCCACUUGUCAGCCCCCUGAAAGCACUAGUUCCACCUUCCCUACUGCAGAAACACAACUCUCCAUCAUCACACAGCCAGUCACCAAAUGGGCAGCAGUUUUCUGGAAUACCAAAUAAACCAUAUGCUCACUUUCAAAACCAGUCUGUACAGCAAGGAUCCCAAGGUUACCAAGGCAGCUUUCACUCAAUACAAAACUGUUUCCACUAUGGAGACUGCUACAGAACAAUGGACCAGUCUGUCACCAGUGAUGUGAUCACAGGAGAAUCCCAUUGCUUUAAUCCUCUGAGACAGAAUGGCUAUCACAUACUCAAUGCACCUUUGGCUUCAACAGGCUAUGAUGCAAUCCCUGAAGCACAGUGUGUGUCUGAAGACAUGGUCUCCAAUGGAACUGAUGAAAACACAUUCUUCCAAAACAGUGCCUUUGAUCACUGCUUGAAUCACAUCCCUUCUAUCUACACAGAUACUUAAGAGCAGUGCUGACCUUAUCUCCUUUAUUAUACCUAUAACUGUGUAUGUAAUAACAAAGGUGGUGUUCAAGUACUUUUAGUUAGCCUGUGUCCCUAUAUGUGCUCAUUUAAAUAAACACCUCACAUUUACCAAACCAUUUUAUACAUGAAUAGUCUGUAUAAGAUAAUAUUGGAACCUGUUCCUUUGCUGUGGCACUUUGAAAUUCAUGCUUUAAGGGAAUGAGGAGCAUUUCAAGCAGCUUGUUUUGUAAGUUCUCUCAGUAAAGUGUAAAUCUAAGUUAUAUAAUAAACUUGUAAAGAAGGGUUGGAUUUUUUUCCCCUGAAAAGUAUGUUUCAAUCUGAGAAUGUUGUUCCCUUUAA